GCUCCGAAGAGGGAUAAAAACCUCAAUUUUGCGUGUUUGGAGCCCGCUAAUCGGAUGGUUCUUCUCUGAAAUUUGGGGUCGAUCGAGGUUGCGAGGAGAUGAUAUCGCCGGAGACGCGGAUGAGAUCGAGGAAGAGCUUCGAGACGGGGGCGGCGGUGGGCCUGGGAAUCGUUGCGGCGAUGAGUGGUGACUCGGCUGGAUCGCAGCGGUCUGAACCGGUCUCGAUCGUGCUCGCCGGGGCGAUGCGUCCGGUGAGGAAAGAGCCGCCGGCGGAGGAGAUGAUGUCGGAGAGCUACACGUGUGUGAUUUCGUACGUGGGAGGGAACGCGGUGAAGAAGCGGGUUUAUUUUGAUGAUGGCAUGGGUUGUAAUUAUGAGCGGAGUUCAGAGAAGCUUUAUAAGCCAUUCCCACCGUCGCCGGAGUUCUUGAGCCGGUGCUAUCUUUGCAGGAAAAGGCUUCAUGGAAAGGAUAUCUUCAUGUAUAGAGGUGAAAUGGGGUUUUGUAGUGAGGAUUGCAGAUGGGAACAGAUGAUGAUGAAUGAUGAACAAAUGGAGAAAUUUGGAGGAUCUGAUCAGCAAACUUUGAAACCAUUUGCAUGUUCUUUGUCACCUUGCUCUGCUACUCCCUUCAUUUUUAUGCCAAGGGUUGCAGCAGUUUAGAUGUUAUUUAAUAGUCUAGAAUUUGAGUAUAUAUAUAUAUAUAUAUUAUCUUUAGGAUGAGAGUCCUAGAUUUUUUGGAAUGUUAAUAUUAUUAUUAUUAAAUCUCAAUAUAUUAGUCUGAGAGAAGGAAUAAAGGAAGAGAAAAGAAAUUUUAUCAGCAUGUUUUUUAUUUUGUUUUAUUUGUUUAUGAUGUUAGUUUUUUCUUUGUGUAUGUUUGUUUGCACACAAGAAAACAUAUGUCC